CCCGUUGCCCUCAGUUCGACAUCACGACAAACGACGAGCAGCAGACCUCUUAGUAUUUCGGUUACUUGAGAGGGCGGAAGCUACACAACAGUCACGAUGCCUUCCGAAAGUGGUCACAGAUUAUACGUCAAGGGACGUCACCUGAGCUACCAGCGCUCUCGUAACAUCACCCACCCUGGCACCAGCCUGAUCAAGAUCGAGGGUGUUGACAACACAGCCGCUGCCAACUUCUAUGCUGGCAAGAAGAUCGCCUAUGUCUACCGAGGCCAGAAGGAGAUCCGCGGCACCAAGAUCCGCGUGAUCUGGGGCAAGGUUACCCGACCACACGGUAACUCUGGCGUUGUCCGCGCCAAGUUCGCCAAGCCCCUCCCCUCAAAGUCCUUCGGCGCUUCCGUUCGUAUCAUGUUGUACCCCUCGUCGAUUUAAAUCGGAUUUCGGAAUGGAGUUGGUAGUGAGGGCGGUUCUCAUUUGGUUGCAUGGGUCGAGGCAAGGAAUAAAGCAUAUCGCCUUGCUUUGAGGCAUUUCAAUUGAAAAAGACGUCAAAUUCCCAACUUUCCGAAGGAUGCAGAGAGAAAACCUGGGCAUCUGUGACUUUUGACACCAAUUCUUCUUCUCUUUUUUUUUCCUGUCUCCUCAAAAAUUGGCGCCGGUUUCGUUACUCGGUCUGUGGGCUUUUUUUUCGUGUAUCCAUUCCGGCAGGCAAAAUGCCAAUCUCAUGACGAGUUGCAUUUCGAAGGGACUGCACAUUAAAGAAAAAAAAUUGAAAAAAUGAUACACGACAGGGCAGAGAAACGUGAUCGAUACCUGCUUGUUUACUGUUUUAUAUUGGCAUUAAUGGAAUUUGCAUCGCGGUUUGACUGUCCAGUCAUCCGCCCGCGGUCGUUCUCGUAUAGAGAGGACAAUCGUUGGUUCAUUCUUACGACUUUAAUGCUGCUGUGCCUCUUAUAUCGGUC